AUGGCUUUGCAGCAAAGAGGUGGCUUCUCCACUCCUCACUGGAAGGGUAAUCCGUCUAUCAUAAGCACCCAAGAUUUUAUGGGAUGUUUAAAAAUCCCUGUCCGAGCACUGAACAUCAUUUGGGGCAACGACAGUCGAUUCUGGGAAUGGAUCAAUCUCUCUGAUGAAGAUACAAGGUCAAUUGGCUUUCAAGAAGCUGCAGUGCUUCUACAGGUCAACUGGAUCGAGGUCACUGGGAAAUUUGACCUCAACAAACUGUUCAGGAAUACUACCUAUAAUAUAUACUAUGCGAUGAAGUUCCAUGAUGAUGCAUUUGGGUGGCGUUUAUCUCCGAUCAAGUUCAAGGUGGGAAUCGCUGGAGAAGUGAGUGAGGUCAUCCAUGAACUCGAGUCGUACCGGGCUAAACAGAACAAGUGGCACGAGGUCCCCGGGGGAGAAUUUACAGUACCGAAUGACACUGCUGGAAGUGUUGAGUUUGGAAUGUUCGAAGUUGAUACACAGUAUUGGAAAGGUUGUAUGGUCCUAGGAGGUGUUUUAAUUAAGCCAAAAUCAUGA